UGUUUUUGGGUUUAUUAUUUUUACUGAAAUCUUCCAGAUGAGAGAAGAUCUGAGUGGAUGAAACAUUUCUAUACACGAGUCACCAUCAGUUAUGUUAACAUACAGUACAGCUCAAAGGAGGUAUACUGGAAACACUGAAGCACUUAACUAGUAUAUUUAUUGGGUACUUUUUAAAGUAUUUUUACUUUUUCUGCUACUUAAUACUCCUGCUUCACUACAAGGGCAACGUCUUACUCCUCCUACAGAUUUAACCUCAAACUAAAUGUAAUUAACUUUUAAUUUACUGUCCCAUUAACCAUCUCAUCACUCCAAUAUUUACCACGUGACCACUUGACAAAACAAACUGUAUAAAAGUCUUGAAAUUAGAUCCACCUGGUGCGAACACGAAAUAUUAAUGCAUCAUUAAUAUGACCAGAUAAUAUUAAUGCAGAGGCCGCAGCACAAGGUUUUUAUUUUUAUUUUUUUACAAAGCUGGGUUUUGUGACUUCCCGCAUCCCACCCACUUGUGCUGCGCUGGAGAAAAAUCAAACAAACCCUUCUCUGCAGAAAAGCACGUAGUCUGAGCGCUUUGUGCUUCCAUGGCAAACACAGACGGGACAGAUAGGAGAAUCACCCUCUUUAUCUGACUAUCAUGGAUGUCUCAGGGGAAUACGACUACUUAUACCAUGAAAACAUCAGCUUCAACUUCAGUUACGACGACUACCCGGCCCUCUGUGAGAAGGCUGAUGUCCGCUCCUUCGCAGCCCUCUUCCUCCCCGUCAUUUACACAGUAUGUCUGGUGUUGGGGCUGGCAGGAAACGGCUUAGUCGUGGCGGUCUACGCCUACCACAAACGCCUAAAGACCUUAAUGGACGCCUUCCUGACCCACCUGGCUGUGGCCGACCUGCUGCUGCUCUUCACGUUGCCUUUCUGGGCUGCAGAUGCAGCGAGGGGCUGGGAGCUGGGCCAGGUCGUCUGUAAGAUGGUGUCGGCCUGCUACACGGUCAACUUCACCUGCUGCAUGAUGCUGCUCGCCUGCAUCAGCCUGGAUCGAUACUUGGCGUUAGCCAGGGCACAGGGAAGGGAACACAGUGGGCGCCUGCAGAGGAUUUUCUCCAGGAGACACAGCUGGAGGAUUUUUUUUGUGGUUUGGGCGACUGCUUUUUUACUCGGACUUCCUGAUUUGAUCCUCUCAGAAGUGAGAUGGGCAUCUAACAGGAGCGUCUGUCUGGCCGUCUACCCUGCAUCCAUGGCUCGAGAAGGGAAAGCUGCUCUGGAGAUGGCCGAAGUGCUGCUGGGUUUCCUGCUUCCUCUCCUGGUGAUGGUGGUGUGUUACUGCAGUGUGGGCCGCGCACUGAAGGAGCUUCCCGCGGAGAGCAGAGGCAAGAAAUGGAAAGCUCUGCGUGUCCUUCUAACAGUGGGGGGGGUGUUCGUGGUCACCCAGCUGCCUUAUAACGUGUUGAAGGUCUACCGAGCAAUGGACUCAGUCUACGCAUUGGUGACCCACUGUGGGACGAGUAAAGUGCUGGAUCGGGCGGCUCAGGUGACAGAGAGCUUGGCCCUCACUCAUUGCUGCCUCAACCCUAUCCUCUACGCCUUCGUGGGGUCGUCCUUCAGGCAGCACAUGGGGAAAGUGGUCAAAAAGUUUGGCGAGAAGAGAAGACAGAGAAGGAAGAGGACAGAAAACCCUGCAGAGGAAGUACAGAUGGAGAUGUCAUUUAACUCCCACAGUGCAUCUCAAGAGACAAACACAUUCUCAAUAUGAUUCAAAAUCAGUCAUUAUCACUCAUUUAGUAAAGUAGAAGAACAGUAGAGGCAUGAGUGAUGAAUGGAAAUGGAUUUGGCUUUAUGUUUUGAGUAUAUUAAAUGAACCAUUUGUACUUCUACUUAAAAGUUUUACAGAAUUAUAAAAAAGCACUCAUUGCAGGAUAACUUACAAGCUUGAAUCUGGUUGUUUUGUUCUUCCUCCAGAUCUGAGAUAACAGACAUUCCUCAGGAUUUCACAAGACACAUCAACUGUUUUUUCCAGAUGCGCUCACAGUACAAAAAGUUAACAAAGAAACUUGAACUUGAUACUCUUCAUCACACACUUAACGAAUGAACUGGAACCCAGCUGCUUUGGAAAAACAACUUUGAAACUUGUUUAGAUUCAUGAUUGUUUUAAUUGUAAAUCAACUCAAAUAAACACUCCUUCUUUACUUGA